CUUUUCCACCGUGGCAUCUGCAUGAGUGCCUCGCCCUAUGGCACGUCCAUGUUAAAGACCGACGAUAUGGAUCUGGCACAGCGUCAGGCUCGCUUACUGAAGUGUCCGGAGAGAUCGGUGAACGAUUUGGUUACUUGUUUACGUGAGAAGCCCAUGAUGGACUAUGUUACCUCAUACAAUGGCAUGUUCGAAUUUGGAUGGAAUCCUGUACUCAACUGGAGUCCAGUUGUUGAACGAGACCAUGGCCAGGAGCGUUUUUUGAUUGAGGAUCCAUACAAAACCGCACAGAGUGGCAACUUCUACAAGGUGCCUGUUAUCUCGGGAAUUACUGAGUUUGAGUUUUUGUCAGGAGCAUUCUAUGAUUUGCGAAAUAAUACUAUACGAAACAUGCUGAACUCCAACUGGGAUCAUGUUGCUCCUAUUGCGUUUCUCUAUGAGCGAGACACGCCCCACUCAAAAGAAGCAAGUGCUGAACUACGAAAGGAGUAUCUGGGCAGUGGCUCU